CAAGACUUUGUCUUAUUUCUGAACCUCCUGAAGACACAAAAGAAAGCAAUUUAGUGGAAGAUUUAAAGAUUACGGGGGAAAACAAAAUGGGGAGUGCCAUUCUGAUGCUAGAGCUCUUUUUAUGCCUCACUGUCUAUGCAGCAAGUGAAGAAUUCGAAUUCUCGUCUGCAAAAUCCAGUUCGCACAGGAGAGUGGUAGAUGUAAAGGGAGGCCCAGAGUCACUAGUGUGGGUGGUUCAGGUUUCUGAUCUCCAUUUCAGUGUCCACCAUCCUGACAGAGCACUUGACUUCAAGAACAUUGUGGGGCCUGCUCUCUCCAUGAUCAACCCUUCUCUGGUCCUCAUCACCGGUGAUCUCACAGAUGGAAAAAGCAAGGAUUUGUUGACAAUGAAGCAAAAUGAGGAGGAGUGGGUGGAAUACCAGAACGUGAUGGAAGAUGUGAUAAAAAGGAGUGGACUUGACAGGAGUAUCUUCUUUGAUCUUAGAGGGAAUCACGAUAACUUUGGCGUACCGGUGCUUGGUGGUUCCUUUGAUUUCUUUUCAAAGUACAGCAUUAAUGGGCAGUUGGGCAGAACUGGGAAUGUCAAUAGUGUCACACUUCAGACUGGUGAGCGGAAGCAUCUAUUUGUUGGAGUUGAUAGCACAAUCUCUGUUGGUCUACGAGGUCCCACUAAUCUUUUUGGGCAUCCAACUGAUCAACUAUUAGCAGAACUGGAUAUGGAGCUCUCACAGUGGGAUUCUCAAUCAGAAAAACCAUUAAGCAAGAUUUCCUUUGGGCAUUUUCCUCUUUCAUUCUCAGCAAUCUCAUACUCUGGGAAGAGCCUAAAAGAUAUCUUCCUCAAUCAUUCAAUAUCAGCUUAUAUAUGUGGGCAUCUGCAUACACGGUUUGGUAAAAACUUGAAGCGGCAUCAUCAGUUUAGUCGUCAUUUUUUAUCCUUGCAGAAAUUUUUCCAGCUAAAUGUACACCAAUUAUCUUUUCAUGGUACUGCUAAUUGUUCAAUUGAUGCCCCGGCGGCUAGAGAAUUCUGGGAGUGGGAGAUGGGUGACUGGAGGAAGAGCAGAGCCAUGAGAAUUUUGGCCAUUGAUAGAGGUCAUGUUUCGUAUGUUGACAUUGACUUCAUGUCAGGCACCAAAAAGACUAUCAUAUUGCCAACUUUUCCCCUGGACUCACGGUUCAUGUCAACAUCUUCAUCCCAUCACAAGUAUGAAUGUCUUGCUAUGGUAUCUUACGAGACAAUAAGAGCCCUGGUAUUUUCUGUUUCUCCAAUUGUGUCGGUUAUGACUAGGAUCUAUGACUCAAGACCUGGAUAUCUCAAUCUGGUAUUUGAGGCACCCAUGAGAAAGCUCGUGGAUAACACCUCCAGGGGAGAUCUUUAUGUUGCUCCAUGGAAUUAUAGAGCCUUUGAGGAUCCAAUUUCUAAUAGAUAUUGGCUGCAAAUAGAAGCAACUGACUUCAUGGGCAGAUCGACUUCAACUGAUUUAAGGCCGUUUUCUAUAAAUGGUCUUAGUACUAUGCUUUCAUGGACAUGGAAGGAGUUUAUGGUCAUGGGUUGUCAAUGGGCUGCCUUGUAUUACCCAAUGUUCUGGUGUGCUGUAUACUUUAUACUCUCCAUUCUCCUCAUUCCAAAAUCUCUCCUCAUUUUCUCAAUUAGGCAUUUCACUUACAAGAAUAAGGGCUUCCUAAAUGGCAUAGGAUUUGUUUUACAGGAGCUUUGCAGGGUUCCCUUCACCUGGUUUGGUUUUUUAGGAUACUUAUUCUACCUUAUAUUAUUCCCCUGGUUUUUUGGGAAAGUUUUCACGGACGGCAAGGAUAAAGGAUACAUGACCUAUAUGGGGUGGAUAGUUAAAUCUUUCAAUCAAAAGGGAAAACAUGAAUAUGCGGGAUCUCCAGAUAUAAUGGUGGUUGUUCUUCCGCAUCUCUUCUUCGUGGUUUUUCCUGCUAUUUUGCUGACUGGGGCUUUGGCUAGUGAAAAACAGAUCUCCAGGGAAAACUUUCUCUCACUUACGGGGAAGAAAGAAGAUGACUACGAUCAAGAGGAAAGGAGUUCUUUAUGGUAUGAUUACCAAGGGAGUAGGAAAUCAAAUUCCUGUGUUGGAAACCGGUGGAUUCGAAAAGUUGUUUUGGUUCUUUGCUUGGCAGUUUGUUGGAAGCAUUUUAUGAAUUGCAGGGCUCUCAUCAAAGCAUACGAGAUGAAUCCCAUUCUCAAUUUUCCAGGAUAUAGCCUCAUGAUUCCACUACUGUUGGCUUAUACUGUCUACAAAACCAGGAGUAUAUAAUACUAUGCACAUUGCAGAGUGCAAAAUUGGGCUCACAUUUCUUCAAGUUGUAUCAACAUUCCUUGUUGCUGAAUAGGACGCAUUUCAUGCAGGCUUGGGUUCACAUGAACAAACAAAACAACAGGAAGAUGUGAUGCUUUGAGGUCUGCUAUGGCAGAUAAUAUUUGAAGUGGGUUUGGAUUUGGUGAUGAAUUGGUUGUGUUGCAUUUAAGAAGGCAAAGCAACUCCUAAGAAUUAAGAAAUUGAUGUUGGGAGAGCAGGCAGCCCUAGUCCCCUAGCAUGUUAAUUGUUACAAGUGGCUGUAGGCUGUACCCCUAAUGUGCUGUGGCUUCAAUUUACAAAACUGAAGGAAGUUGUGUUUGUUGUGUAAUACAAUAUGGCUCUAUGCAGUUGUAGAAGACUUGCAGUCUUUGCAUCCAUAUUGUCAAUUUAAACUGGAACUUUUAUGAUAGUUAUUUCAAAAGCGUAGUAUGAUUUGUUUGAAAUGCAGAAAGUGGAAAGGAGGCCGAAAUCGGUUUGCCGACAAUAUGCUGCAGCCUGCAGCAACUCAGUGGUUGGUUGGUAUCAUCUAGUGUUGAUAUUCCCAGCCUAACCUAGUGGAGUCUGAUGGUUCACUUGUGAGCCACUCUGAAAAACCCAAGAAAUCCAAAUCCAUCUCAUCUCGGGCACUAAAAAUUAAGCUCCAGGAACACAAUUGUUACUGAUCUAUUCUGUAAGUUUGAAGUGACUGGGACGCAUACAUGAUCGAACACACUCUCUCUCUCUCUCUCUCUCUC